AUGUCUGGGCGUCUAUCAUCCGACCAUUCUCGCUCUUUCUCGCAAUCCUCUCAACGAUCAACGCCACGCUUUAGCCCGGUGAACGAAGUCGAGUCAAUGCAUCGCCGCUCAAUUUCGGCUCGCUCCUCCAAUCCUAACGUCUUUUCCGAUGAAUACUCACUCGAACCCCUUGACUCUGAACACACUACCUUCACUUCUCGACGUCCAUCCACUUCUUCCACCAAUUCCUCCAAUACCCUACGCGGAUCAGUGCCUCAACAGCAACAAUCGCAGCAGAAAACCUACAACACCAUUCCCAUCGAUGCGGAUCUGACGGAGGAUCCUUUCGGGGAUGAGGCACGGGUGUCAUUCGAUGAAACUCCGCACCGGUCGAGUCUUCCUCCUAAGGGGGUGGACUUUGCGAAUCGCAAUUCCGUCGCGUCUACUACACCUUCCACCACAGCUCGCAGUCAGAGUAUCUCGUCGCGCUUUUCGAUACCCGUUCGGGCCAUGAGUCCUUACACUGGGGCAACCGGUCCCAGCCAUCCAUAUGCGAUGUACCCGCAGGUCGGUGUCAGUCGCUCCCCAAGUGUAGCGACCGCAUCAACUUUACGCCCCGGGGACCAACCGUUGGAAGAUGCCAGUGGACCGCAACAUCCGUAUGCGAUGUACACCCAGAAUGUGGUCCCGGAGGAAGACUUGGACAGUGCCAUGGACAAUGCGAUAUUGGAACCUCCUACUAUGAUGGACAACUCCAUGGUCCCCCUUGGCUUUCCCGGCCACAACCAAGCAUACCAACGACCGCCCGGCCGGGCAGAUGAUGACGUCGGGGAUUUAAUUGGCCCUGAUGGACAUACAGAACAGCUUCCACCUUACUCCCGCUAUCCUGAAAAUGCCGUCCCCAAGGUAGAGGGGACGUUUGCGUCCGUCAAUGAUGCUGGCAUCACGUCGGACGAGACCCUCCACAAUGAGCGUGCAGGUCCACCCAUGUCGGAGGUUACAUCAAUAAAUGUCCCUUUGGAGGAACCAAACCGGAUGAGUGCACGAAGUAACUCACAAUCUGAAGAGCCUCCGCUAACCGGAAUCAUGGCAUUCGAAGAGAAAUUAAAGAGAAAGGGUAAACAGAAAGCCUGCUGCGGCCUGCCCAUCUGGACGAUCGUUUUGGUGGGGGUGGUAAUGCUUGUGGGAGGAUGCAUUGGAGGUGUCAUUGGUGGUGUGCUCGGAGCGAAGAAGGCAGCGGAUCAGGAACACAAGCAGCCCAGCGGCCCGCAUAUUGUCACGUCAACUGUCACCCCAAAGAUGGAUGCGACUCCGGUUACUUCUACACCAAUCAACUUGCUGGCCCUGCCUACUGGCCAAUACGUUAUUCCGGCAUCUCCGAAGAACCAGUCCAAAUUUUGCGUCGCGGAGUCGGAUUACCGAGUUACAUGGUCCUGCAUGAAUUCGGGAGAUAUCCCUGUCGCUGUUGGAGGCACAGACAGCCAACAUUCGAUCACGUUUGAAGAUACUACGUACUCGUCAAGUCUUAGCUAUGGAGCUCAAGCACCGGUUCUUUCCAACCCGACACAGAAUCUUUCAAUGGCAUAUGACCUCAACGAUGCCAGUUUCGGACCCGCUUUGCACUUUUGGACCACCUUCGACAAGCUGGUCGUGGUGCCUCAAGAUUCAUUCCCAACGCACGCGUCAUCGAAACGCUCAUUGUCCGAGGAUGAACUGUUGGCUACCAUGCUUGUUCGCAAGGAUGUAGCCAAAGCAGGAGAUAAGCCGUGGUUCUGCUGGUGGAACAGUACCAUAAUCGAAUUCUUCUUAUACAUCAAUGAGACCACCAAGGAUGCCCAAUACAGCGCGACCGCCACCUCGGGUUCGGGGUCCAGUUCAAACACAAACACGAAUUCUAAGCGGGAUGCAGUAUCCGACUAUCCCCGCCGGAUCAAGAUGGAAGAGAAACGAGAAUACCCUGGUGCCCCUAGUCCUUAUUGUCAACAGAUGCAAGUGCUUGAUGACGGGUCAGUUGGUCCCAUAUCCCAGGAGACUGUCCAGGUCAAAGAGUUACAGCCUACUCCCACAACAACGAUCCAAGUCACCGGCUCGACACAAACUUAUACAGCGAAGGCCGAGUACCAGAGCGUCUGCUACUGCGUUUCAUUGACCGAUUGA